AUGGAGAUGAAGGUAGUGGAAGGUGGUAAAUCUGCAGAGGAGGAUGACGAGGAUGAUGUGGCAAAAAGUGUUGAAGGGUCAAUCAAUGGAAAUCACACAGUGGAAGGGUUGUCAGAUGAUGUAGAUGGAGUGGAGAACUCAGCCUUCAAGGAUAAACAACAGAGAGAUGGCCCAUUGCAGAGUGCUACUGCUAGAACAAUGAGAAAGGACGAGCUAAAGAUGAAAGGCACUGAACAGAGGAAAGGAAGAAGGAGGAAGGGGCAAUCCUUAGAGCGGCAGCAGCAGCCAUAUCCAUAUCUUGCUGAUGAUGCACUUGGGGAGCUCAAGGUUGCUUAUGAAGCUCUGAAGGAACACAAUAUCAGUUCUGAAGCAGCAAAUAUCGAAGUCAUUAUUUUAUAUGAGUUUAUAAAGCAACAUGUGUGUGAUAUUGAAGCAAAGAAGGGUGAGCUUCUGGGUCUGUAUGAAGCAGUAAGGCAACACAGUACUAUUCUUGGAGCAGAGAACAGUGAGCUUGUUAAAAAGCUUGGUGACUAUCAGCCACGUAUUAGUGUAUUGGACAGACAGUUGGAUGAAAUGCACUCAAGUUCAGAUGAGAUGGCUUCCUCUAUCUCUAAUCAAGUGGAAGUUCUGCAUAAAGAAGUAGCUGAGAGGGCAUCAAUACUUGAGCAAGAAUGGAAUUCUACUGUUGCUCAGGUUGUUCAGACAGUCGAGAAGCUUGAUGCAUUGAUCAGGAGCUUGUUUUCUACUGCUUCUGUUGAUGCUGCAACCAAAGUGAUUGACAAUCUGCAGGAAAAAUUAGAAGCUUCUGGCAAAGAUCACACAGCAAUGUGCAGUUCAUACAAGGACAUGAUUGAAAAGUUCAAUGAUUUGCAUAGAAAGAAUGAAUUGGCUAUUGGUGUAUUACAUGGGGUCCAUGGUAACCUUCAGAGGCUUGUAAAUGAUUCAUGUCAGCAUGUAGAACAAAGCCAGAUCAUUAACCAAAAUGAGAACCUUAUAGAUCCUCUACAUCUUGAUAACUAUGAUACCCUCAUGGAGCAACUGGCAGUGCUUCUGGGUGAGAGGUUGCAAUUCAAAUCUAUGAACGAUAAACUGAACUUGGAGUUGAUUGAUAUGGCAAAAGAAAUGGAGAAACUGAAGAAAACAGGCCUUGAUUCAGAUACCAUUCUAAAGCUGGUUGAAGAUGUUGAAGGUGCCGUUAAGCUGAAUGGAACUGGCAUUGACUCAGAAAAGCUUGAAUCACGCUUGCAGCGUCUUAUAUCUUUUCUCUCUGAUAGUUUGGAGAUUCUAACUCGUGAUUAUGAUGAGGUGUCGGAGAAGGCAGUCCAAUUUGAACUUCAGAAUGAUAAGUUGCAGAAGGAGGUAUCUGCUUUGCAAGAGAAAUUGGUUGAAAAAGAGCAUCCCUCUGAUAGUUUGGAGAUUCUAACUCGUGAUUAUGAUGAGGUGUCAGAGAAGGCAGUCCAUUUUGAACUUAAGAAUGAUAAGUUGCAGAAGGAGGUAUCUGCUUUGCAAGAGAAAUUGGUUGAAAAAGAGCAUCCCUCUGAUAGUUUGGAGAUUCUAACUCGUGAUUAUGAUGAGGUGUCGGAGAAGGCAGUCCAAUUUGAACUUCAGAAUGAUAAGUUGCAGAAGGAGGUAUCUGCUUUGCAAGAGAAAUUGGUUGAAAAAGAGCAUCCCUCUGAUAGUUUGGAGAUUCUAACUCGUGAUUAUGAUGAGGUGUCGGAGAAGGCAGUCCAAUUUGAACUUCAGAAUGAUAAGUUGCAGAAGGAGGUAUCUGCUUUGCAAGAGAAAUUGGUUGAAAAAGAGCAUCCCUCUGAUAGUUUGGAGAUUCUAACUCGUGAUUAUGAUGAGGUGUCGGAGAAGGCAGUCCAAUUUGAACUUCAGAAUGAUAAGUUGCAGAAGGAGGUAUCUGCUUUGCAAGAGAAAUUGGUUGAAAAAGAGCAUCCCUCUGAUAGUUUGGAGAUUCUAACUCGUGAUUAUGAUGAGGUGUCGGAGAAGGCAGUCCAAUUUGAACUUCAGAAUGAUAAGUUGCAGAAGGAGGUAUCUGCUUUGCAAGAGAAAUUGGUUGAAAAAGAGCAUCCCUCUGAUAGUUUGGAGAUUCUAACUCGUGAUUAUGAUGAGGUGUCGGAGAAGGCAGUCCAAUUUGAACUUCAGAAUGAUAAGUUGCAGAAGGAGGUAUCUGCUUUGCAAGAGAAAUUGGUUGAAAAAGAGCAUCCCUCUGAUAGUUUGGAGAUUCUAACUCGUGAUUUUGAUAAGGUCUCAGAGAAGGUAGUCCAAUUUGAACUUGAGAAUGAUAAACUGCAGGAGGAGGUAUCUGCUUUGCAAGAGAAAUUGGUUGAGAAAGUCAGAAAUCAGGAGCAUAUUGAAGGUGAGAUAAGAAGAUUGGAGGAUUUGGUGCAUGAUUUGCUCAAGGAUUCUGUUACAGAGGACGUGGUUUCUGCUGGCAGUAGUACCAAGUGUUUGGAACAACUACUGAAGAAGCUGUCAGAGAAGUACACAGCCCUUGCUUUAGAGAAACCUAUUCUUGUUGACUCAGCUGAUGAGAAAAAUACAAAAAUAACGCGACCUAGACCUAUGACAGCUAAAGUCUUAUGUCGGCUAUUACUUUAG